AUGGCUUCUGAGAGCAAGCCAGAGGUUCUCUCGCUAGCCUCAAGCUUCCGCGAAAAUAGCCACGAUAAGUACGGCACUCGAUUCCCAGAUGUUCGUCAUGUAAGCAAUGAGGAGUAUAGCCUGGACUGCAGGGAUGACCCGAUACCUCCUCGCAUCGUUUCACAGGAGCGUGGCUGUGACCCUACAGAAAGGAUUGGCGAACAAGUCUGGCAAAGAAGGGCAGAAGGACAUCAUCAGCAGAAUCCCCUCAGCUAUUCUGACGGUAUCAGCGCUUAUGGCUUAUCACGCUCCCAGGAACGCAGCUGCAUCUCUGAAAGUCCAUUUCUGAAGAACAGCAGCUAUCACCUAUCAGAACAGGAUGUAUGGUCAACAGAGGCGCACGCCAUAUCCGGAAGACCUUCUUCAACUGCAGAGCUGCCUAGGUCAGUCAGUCGGAAUCUCAUGUCCCGGAGUGAAUACGUUCCAGAAUCAUCAUUUCAUCUUUAUCGGGCUAGUUUCGAUCGGCCUGAAGACCAAUCCCCUUACGGCUCUAUGCGUCUUCAACCCUCGCUAUACGAGAACCCUGAAUCUUACGAGGCGCCAUAUGCCGAGAAACCGCCACAGGAGCGUUACAAGGACUAUGCUAUCAUACGAGUUCCGGUUCCAGAUGUCUACAGCUCGGGCUCAGCCGCCAACUCGUACACUGGCCUCAAUUACAUCUGGCACCAGACUCUCAGGAUCAAGUAA